AUGUCGAAUAAGAAUUUUCAUGAUUUAUCUAAACGAAGAAAGAGAGACUACCUCAAUAGUAUUUAUAGAAUAAAUAAUGUUCCUGACGAAAAUAAUUAUGAAAAUGAGUAUUUUCAUCAAAUUGGAAUAUUAAAAAAAAUUAGGAGCGCUAAUGUUGAGAAUCUACCGUUGGUCCAAGAAAACAACAAUAAUAGUUUUGAAAAUGAAAAUCAUUCAGCAGAUGAGGAUGAUACUACUUUGGAUGGUAUGCCAGAGUUGCAGAAUACAGCAGAUUCCAGGACAAUAGAUUGUAUCACACAUCAGCGUAAUACUGACGAUCAAACUUCAAAUCAAGAUGUCUGUGAUCCUAAUCGUGAGUCAAGGAGAGAUGGGGAAAAUCUUGACUGCUAUGAAGAAAUAGAAGAAGAACAGGAAGAAGAGGAACAGAUUUUUACCGAUGAAGAAAAUGAGGACGAGAACCAGAGGAACAAUAACAAUCAAAAUUAUGAUCUUCCUCUUUACAAUGGAGCUCCAUUGACCAUUUCACAGAGCAUGUUGUUGAUUGCAACUCUAUUAAUUACUCACAACGUCAAUCAAUCAUGUCUUACCGACAUUAUAUCGAUCAUAAAUUUGCACUGUUUAACCGAUAGCCUUCAUAAGAAUAGUUUAUUCAAAUUCAAAAAAUUUUUCGCUUUAGGAAAUCACAACUUCAAAAAUCAUAAAAAACAUUACUAUUGUUCUAAUUGUCUAAAAAAUUUAAAUUCAGUCAUUGAUGCUUGUCCGGAAUGUUUAAACAGUAAACCAGCACAUUUUAUUACACUAUCUAUUUCUGAACAAUUGCGCGAGUUUAUGCGAACAUCGGAGCAGUCUCGAGAGUAUGGCAACUUAGCACUAUUGAAUAAUAAAGAACAUUUUGGUGUAAAAGGACCAUGUGCUUUGUCGAAUAUAAUGCCAGAUUUUAUCGCUGGAACGGCAAUUGAUAAAAUGCAUUGCGUUGAUAAUGGCGUGGUGAAAAAACUCUUGUCUUUAUGGUUCGAUAGUGCUUACAGUAGCUUUCAUUAUUCACUGUACUCUGUAAUUGAAGUGAUUAAUGAGCGAUUGACAAGCAUAAAGCCACCGAAAUUUGUCCAUCGAUUGCCUCGAACCUUACAAGAAUUAACUCACUGGAAAGCUUCAGAAUUAAGAAUGUGGUUUUUUUAUUAUUCACUUCCAGUUUUGUCUGGCAUAAUGCAAAAUAUUUAUUUCGAACAUUUUAUGUUACUAAUUACAAGUAUUGCAUAUCUAACUGCUGACAGCAUAUCCAAUGAAAUGAUUGACAACGCACAAAUUUUAUUAAAUAAAUUCGUCCAUGAUUUUGAAACACUCUAUGGACUACAAAAUUGCUCUAUCAAUGUGCAUUCACUUCUUCAUUUACCGGAAUUGGUUCGUAGGAUUAGACCUUUAUGGUCGACUUCUUGCUACGUGUUCGAAGAUUUAAAUGGACAGUUUUUAAAAUUAAUCCAUGGUACGAGGCAUAUUGAUUCGCAAAUUGCAAGCACACACGGUCAGGUUCUUCGAAUGCAACAAUAUCAAGAACAAUUACCCGAUGGACCUGUUAGAGAUUUUUGUAUCUCUAAGAAAUAUGGAGUAAAAAUUUGUGAAAAGUUAUUUAGACAUUGUUAUAGUGUUGGGACAUAUAGCUAUUUCGAUGACUUUCCGCCGUUUUUACAUCGUGCAGUACAUCAUUUAUUACCCAUCCGAAACAUCAAGAAAUAUUAUCGAUUAUUAAAGGACGGUAAAUUGUAUAUCUCAGAUCAAUAUUCACGUGAUUUAAAGACAAUAUCAUCUGAUGUGCAGUAUAUUGAUAACACGGGUACACCUUGUUUUGGCAGGAUUUAUUGCUUUACUAAAAUUACAGAGUGUAAAUGUUUAACUGCAUGCCAUUGCAAUGGCAUUCAUCAGGCAAUAAUUAAGAAGUUCGAAUUUAAUAAUGCAUUUCAAUUAUCAUAUAAUAAUAUAAAAAUACCAUAUUUGUAUGAGUUCUGGAUAACUGAAGAAUACGUAGCUGUUCCCGUGCAGUUUUUAAAGUCUGUGUGCAUUUCUAUGGAAGUAGAUAAUCGAUCAUUCAUAGCUGUACCAGUUAAUACUACGGAGUUGGAGUGA